UAGGGCAAGUCGAAGCGAAGCUUCUUGAGCUUUCCGGAGUUUAAUGUUUUUCCUUUCUUUCGAUACCUGUGUAGCAUAGAAGUAAGCCAACCAACCACUGCACCAUGAAGAGCCUACCCGACGAGAAAGAGGUAUAUUUGGCUCUGAGGAAUGUGUUCGAGGGCCAGAACGCCAAGGUAUCAAAACUCAAGACCGUUCGCAAGCUCAUCGACGACGCGGUGCCGCUGGACGCGGGUGUGUCGAACCUCACUAAUGUGUACGGCAUAAGCGUCGUGUCCCGCGUUGCGCAAGCCCUCCUUCAAGACGGCAUAUUUCUGUCCCUAACCAAAGCCAAGAUACGCUUUCCUUACGUUGGUUUCUCACAAGCUCAAGGUGUCGACUGGGAGGUGUUGAGGUCUGAAACUGUAGUGAACGAAGCCGACACUACUGCCGAAGCCGCGCGAGGUGGCUUUGACAACUUUCACAACUUCGCUUCUCAGGUUGAUGACUCCGACACGGAGAGUUUUGAUAUGUGCCCCGAUUCUAACUCGUCGUCCGGUAAGGGAGGACGUCCUACUCUCCGGUCACUAUCCUCGGUUAAUAUCCCCCUCCCGACACAGCAUCUCAUCCUCACCUACGUUCAGCGACUACUAGAGGAAGCAUGUUUCGACUUCGGAAGCCGCGCCAUUCCGGAAGUGCUGAAAACACGGCAGUGGGAUUGCCCCGAAGCGGCCGAGCUUAACCUGUGGGUGCCGUUGCUUCGUCAACGUCAGGGCGAACUCUUCGGUAGCCUGGGGGAGUGUGUGCAGCCUUAUGGCAAGCUUCUGGGUUCCCUAGCCGACCUUCGGCAUAUAGCUGUGCACAGGGUCCGCAUCGACGCGCAGAGGCUAGAAAUGUUCCUGCUUAAUGCGGAGAAGUUCACCGCACUUCUGAAGGACGCUACGCGUCGGGAGGUGUUGGCCAAGCUCCGGCUGAACACCAAGGAGGUGAUCGGGAAAUUAGAGAGCAAUAAACGUAUUCUCGCCUGCAGGAGGGCGGAAUUGGAUCGGGUCAGAGAAAUGGGAGUUGCUGAGCUCGAAAGGGAGGAAAGCGAGUAUCAGGCCUCUGCCGUCAAAAGCCUGAAGGAUGUCCUUGCGCCGUUGGUGACGCUUACUUCGAUUAUGCCAGUCAACGGGGAUGUUAUGAGCAUGAAGACACACGAGGUAGAUGUAACAGAGGAUAAUAGGCCGGUCGAACCCAUCCUCGUCAGUGAGCACGCUGUUGAGUUCCAGCGAGCCAGAUCAUUGCAAAUUGAAUAGUUUGUAGGAUAUUAUCGAAGGGCGCGCUUUACUAAUAGCGAUGAGAUUCAGAGGUUCCCUUCUUGAAAGUCUUCGAGAGAUGAGUGGUACUAGGCCUAUCAAC